AUGUCCUCCGAACUCUUCCCUAGCAAUGUGAUUAUUAUCGGCGCAGGGGUGUUUGGCCUCUCGACCGCGUUAGCCAUUGCGAAACGACAUCCCACGACGAAAGUGACUGUCAUUGACCGACUGGUUCCCCCCGUGGCAGACGGGGAGAGUGUCGACACUACUCGGUGUAUCCGUGCUGAUUACGACGACCCUGUUUACGCCCGACUUGCAAAAGAAGCGCAGCGCAAGCUCGAAGAUGACCCUGAUCUCAGUCGCCACAUGUUCCGACAGGGCAUGACGUGGGUGAGCGACGGGCAGCCCGAUGAAAAUACAGAGAGCUGGAAAGUGCAGUUUGAGCUGGCCAAGGCCUCGUCCAACCCAGACGACAUCGUGAUCUUCAACUCCCGCGAAGAAGUGUACCAGACAAUCCAUGGGGAGAAUGCUCUUCCCCCGUCAAACGUCAAGCCGCGAUGGACCAUGGGCUAUUGUAACCUGGAGAAUGCGUUCAUCGAUGCCAAGGAGUGUAUCCAGGUGUACUAUGACCGCUGUUUGCGAAUCCCCUCCAUGACGGUGAGGUGUGGUACUCCCGUCCGACAGAUCACAUCAGUCAACGGCAAGGCAACCGGGGUGAUCUUGGAAGAUGGAAAUUCCGUCACAGCCGACCUGGUCAUCGUCGCUGCCGGAGCGUGGUCCAACAAGUUGGUCGAUCUGGGCAAUCGGGCCAGCUCCAUCGCCAUCGCGGUCGCCUGGAUCAAGGUCACGCCCGAAGAGGAAGCGCGGUGGAAGGGGAUGUCGAUCACUACCAACCUGAAUACCGGGCUGAACCUGUUCCCUCCGUACCGUGGGGAGAUGAAAGUCUUGUGCAGGUUGGGUGGCUACAAGAAUACCGUUCUAGUCCAGCACCCGGAAGAUCCCUCGAGGACCAUGCAGAUUUCUCACCCUCGAACCCUCAUCACGCAUCCCUCGGAUCUGAUUCCGGCAGAUGCUGAAGCCACAAUCAGAGAGAACCUGCGCGAGAUUAUGCCCAUGCUCGCCGACAGACCAUUCGAUCGAACAAGAUUAUGCUGGAGAAGUCGUGCCCCAACAGAGGACUUUUUGAUCGCCCCCCAUCCUCGUAUUGCGGGCAUCCAUCUCGCAACUGCUGGCUCAGGUCACGGCUGGAAAUUCCUCCCAGUGAUUGGCGAUUUCAUCGUCGACUCGGUGCAAGGGACGCUCCCUCGGGAACUGCAGGAAAUGUGGGCGUUUCACCGUUACCACGAGCGAGUUCGUCCGGAUCGGAACUUCGCAUCGAUCGUCCUUGAAACCAACUCAAUACACUUAUCCGCCCCCCCUGAGCGGUGGAGAUACACGGCCCGUCUGGAUCAUCAAGGCUAG